CUUCAGUUAGCAAAGAUGCAGACCCGCCAAUGGCCGGUAUUUCAAUUUGUAUCUUACCUCUUUGUUCUUUCCCAGCUUUUCUAUUUCUCCCAUGCCGAUGUUGGCACUGCCGCCCGAUACACGCCACCCUAUUUACCGACGGCGUGUUAUGGUGAUGAUCAGACCCAGUUUCCAUCGAGCAAUUUGUUCGCAGCAGCUGGAGAUGGGAUAUGGGACAAUGGAGCAUCCUGCGGGAGACAAUACCUGGUACGGUGCAUCAGUGCUUCGCAGCCUGGGACUUGUGUUCCCGACCAGACCAUCCAAGUCAAGAUCGUCGACUAUGCUCCCACCGCACAGUCUCCGCCUUCAACUCAAUCCACCACCAUUGUCUUGUCCGAGACGGCUUUUGGUGGGAUUACCGACAUAGCUGUUAACUCUAUCAACAUAGAAUUCCAACAGGUUUGAGGAUAUGGAAGGGUUUAAGCCUUUUACAUUCAAGGUACUUGAUGGAAGAAAAGGAACCUAUGUGUUUGUGCGUGUAUAAUCUACAAAUCUGCAAUG